UGCUGGCACCGGACACGCCGAACCUCUUCUCUGGGGGCCCCCUUCCCCUCGGCGGAGUCUCAUCCCGCACGACGGCGGGACGGUGCCAUUCGGUGUUGAAUGUUCCCCUCCGAGAGCGCAUGGCCGAGGGCGCGAGACCAGGGCCGGGCCCCCGAAGGGCCGCCGUCCGGGAGGCGGUGAUGCUGCUGCUGUGCCUGGGGGUCCCGACCGGGCGCCCCUACAACGUGGACACCGAGAGCGCGCUGCUUUUCCAGGGCCCCCCCAACACCCUUUUCGGCUACUCGGUGGUGCUGCACAGCCACGGGUCGCAGCGAUGGCUCGUCGUGGGGGCUCCCACCGCCGACGGGCUCACCAACGCCUCCGUGGUGCGUCCCGGGGCCGUUUACAAAUGCCAGAUCGGACAGAACCCAAACCGGACUUGUCAGCAGCUCCAGCUGGAUUCUGUAGGCAUUAAAGAAGAAAACCGUAAACAAAAGUCCCUGGAAAUUAAGAAAAGACCUACAGUGGUAGUGGGGACUUACAGGCAUUCUUUGAACUGCUCCUGUCUUGUAACCGGUGCUGGAAGUAUGAUCGUGGCCGGCAGAGGUGUGUUAGGAAGAAAAGGAGAACCCUCUAUAAAUGUAGCCCUGAUGGAGACCGUUGUGGAAAGACUUGUUUGGAAGAAAGAGACAAUCAAUGGUUGGGGGUCACACUUUCCAGACAGCCAGGAGAAAAUGGAUCCAUCGUGUCUACUUUUAUGUUUUAUUCAGACUUGUGGGCAUAGAUGGAAAAAUAUAUUUUACAUGAAGACUGAAAAUAAGCUUCCCACAGGUGUUUGCUAUAAAAUGCCCUCUGAUUUCCGAACAGGGCUGAGUACAAGAAUAGCUCCAUGUUAUCAAGAUUAUGUGAAAACUUUUGGAGAGAAUUUUGCAUCAUGUCAAGUUGGAAUAUCUAGUUUUCACACGAAGGAUUUAAUUGUGAUGGGAGCUCCAGGAUCAUAUUUUUGGACUGGCUCUAUUUUUGUCUACAGUAUAACUUCAAAUAAAUAUGUGGCUUUUUCAGACAGUGACAAUCAAGUAAAAUUUGGAAGUUACUUAGGAUACUCGGUUGGAGCUGGUCACUUUUGGAGUAGGGAUACCACCGAAGUCAUCGGAGGAGCUCCUCAGCAUGAACAGAUUGGUAAAGCAUACAUAUUCAGAAUUGAUGAAAGAGCACUAACGAUCUUACAUGAAAUGAAAGGUAAAAAGCUUGGCUCUUAUUUUGGAGCUUCUAUCUGUGCCGUGGACCUCAAUGCAGACGGCUUCUCGGACAUGCUGGUGGGAGCUCCCAUGCAGAGCAGCAUCAGGGAGGAAGGCAGAGUGUUCGUGUACAUCAACUCCGGCUCAGGAGCAGUAAUGAAUGAAAUGGAAACAGCGCUCGUUGGAAGUGACAAAUAUGCUGCAAGAUUUGGGGAAUCUAUAGUUAAUCUUGGUGACAUCGAUAAUGAUGGCUUUGAAGAUGUUGCUAUUGGAGCCCCACAGGAAGAUGACUUGCGAGGCGCCAUUUAUAUUUACAAUGGUGGAGCAGAUGGGAUCUCAUCGGCCUUCUCACAGAGAAUUGAAGGGCUUCAAAUCAGCAAAUCCUUAAGUAUGUUUGGACAGUCCAUAUCUGGGCAAAUCGAUGCAGACAAUAAUGGAUAUAUGGAUAUAGCAGUUGGUGCUUUUCGGUCCAAUUCUGCUGUGUUGCUAAGGACAAGACCUGUAGUGAUUGUCGAAGCUUCUUUAGACCAUCCUGAGUCAGUAAAUAGAACAAACUUUGACUGUAUUGAAAAUGGAUUGCCUUCUGUGUGCAUGGAUCUAAGACUCUGUUUCUCAUACAAGGGCAAAGAGGUUCCAGGUUAUAUUGUUUUGUUUUAUAACAUGAGUUUGGAUGUGAGCAGGAAGGCAGAGUCUCCAUCGAGGUUUUACUUCUCUUCUAAUGGAACCACCGAUGUGAUUACAGGAAGAGUAAGAGUAUCACGCACAGUCCCUAGCUGUAGAACACAUCAAGCAUUUAUGCGGAAAGAUGUGCGAGACAUCCUCAAUCCAAUUCAGAUUGUAGCUGCUUACCACCUUGGGCAUAAUAUCACCAGUAAACGAAGUAUAAAGGAAUUCCCACCACUCCAGCCAAUUCUUCAGCAGAAGAAAGAAAAAGACAUAAUUGAAAAAACAAUAAACUUUGCAAGGUUUUGUGCCCAUGAAAAUUGUUCUGCUGAUUUACAAGUGUCUGGGAAAAUUGGAUUUUUGAAGCCAUACGAAAAUAAAACCUAUCUCGCUGUUGGAAGUAUGAAGACAUUAAUGUUGAAUGUGUCCUUGUUUAAUGCUGGAGAUGAUGCGUAUGAAACAACCCUGCAUAUCAAACUACCCGCUGGCCUUUACCUCAUUAAGGUUUUAGAUCUGGAAGAGAAGCAAAUAAACUGUGACGUAACAGACAGCUCUGGCAUAGUAAAAAUUGACUGUAAUGUUGGUUAUAUAUUUGUAGAUCAUCUCUCAAGGGUAGAUGUGAGCUUUCUGCUGGAUGCGAGCUCCCUGAGCAGAGCAGAAGAGGAUCUCAACAUCACAGUGCAUGCCUCCUGCAAAAACGAAGGGGAGAUGGACCAUCUGAAGCAUAACAAAGUGACUUUGGCAGUACCUCUGAGGUAUGAAGUCAUGCUCACUGUGCACGGGUUUAUAAAUCCAACUUCACUUGUGUAUGGAUCAAAGGAGGACCAUGAGCCCGAAACGUGCAUGACAGAGAAAAUGAACUUCACUUUCCACGUUAUCAACACAGGCCCUAGCAUGGCUCCAAAUGUUAGUAUGGAAAUAAUGGUCCCGAAUUCUUUUAUCCCCCAAACUGAUAAGUUGUUCAACAUUUUGGAUGUCCAGACUAGUUCAGGAGAAUGCCAUUUUAAAAAUUAUCAAAGAAUGUGCACAUCAGAAAAGAAAAAAGAUGCAAUGGAGGCCCUAAGAGACAUAUAUAAAUUCUUUUCGAGAACUGAUAAGAGGCUAUUGUACUGCAUAAAACCUGAUCCACAUUGUUUGAAUUUCUCAUGCAAUUUUGGAAAAAUGGAAAGUGGGAAAGAAGCCAGUGUUCACAUUCAGCUGGAAGGCCGGCCAUCCAUCUUAGAAAUGGAUGAGACUUCAGCACUCAAGUUUGAAAUAAGGGCAACAGCUUUUCCAGAGCCACAUCCAAAAAUUAUUGAACUAAACAAGGAUGGCAAUGUUGCACACGUUUGGCUCGAAGGACUACAUCAUCAAAGACCCACACGCCAUCUGACCUUGGCAAUUAUUUCAAGUAGCUUGAUACUUGGACUUAUUUUACUUUUGUUGAUUUCAUAUGUUAUGUGGAAGGCUGGCUUCUUUAAAAGACAGUACAAAUCCAUCCUACAAGAAGAAAACAGAAGAGACAGUUGGAAUUACAUUAACAGUAAAAGCAAUGAUGAUGAUGAUGAUUAAAGAUUUCUUUUAAAUUGAGAAAACUAAGACUCAGGUAUAUAAUAAAGAAAUUUAAGACAUUGUUUACAAGAAACCAUGAACUUUGCUUCGCCCAGAGUUCUUUUAUGUACAUUUACUCAUAACCUUGUGACAUACUAUGUCUUAAGGCAAAUGAAAAAGGUAUUGUUUCAGUUAUUAAAUGGAUAUAAAACACUAAAACAUUUAAGAUAAAUAAUCCCUUGAGGAUAUUUGGAAAUAAAAGUGCAUCUGAAUUAAAUCAUAAAACUUGACUGAAGAAGUCUUGGACUUCAACAUAUAUGCUUGCUUCAGCAAAAUAAAUUUCUAAUCUUUGAGACUGGUUUGAAUUAUGUUCUUUAAAAAUAUUCAGCCGAAUUUUUCAAAGAGCUGUUUCCUAAUGAAUGAAACAGCUCUUUGAAAAAAUUCGGCUAAAUAUUUUUAAAGAAAGCAUUUUACCUUUAAGCCCUUUACUUGUAAUAUAUUUCCUAUGGGCUUUGAUCAACAACCAUUCAGCAGUCUAUGAUUAAUGGGCCUGAAGAGCAAACUUCAGACUGAACUUUUAUACACUGGUUUGAGCUUAAUGGGAUGACUUCUAGGUAAUUGUUGUUUAUACAACUAUAGAUUUCUUUCUUCUUUCUGUACAUACAUAACUUUGAAAUAUACAUAUAUGUUCACAUAGGUAUAAAUCCAUAAGUCUCUCCUGUAACAAUUUUUUUAAGGGUACCCCAGAGUAAAUUUUAAAAAUCUGUCAUUAGUCAAUUUUCUUGUUUACAAAACAACAGUACUUAAAAUUCUAAUUUAUAUUCUGAAACAGAUUGUGAAUGUUGCACUUUAACUGGUAUAUGUAAAAUAUGAAAACUGUACCUCACAAAUAAUUUUUUAAAAUCAAAGCUCUGUAAAAACAGUGGUUAAGGAGAAAUCUAUCAUACUGAUACUCUGUAAAUAGUAACUGGAUAUUACCCUUUUCUAUUCAAAUGUAAGUGUUAAAUGCUUAUAAGAUCAGUCUCUUCUGCAUGGAAAUGGGGAAACAUAAUUUAUAAUUUUAAAAUAGAUUUAGCUUAUAUCCAGUGAAUAUAAAUAUAACAUCAAAAUUUCCAUGGUAUAUGUUUUAGUGAUCAGUGAAACAUUUUAAAUUUUUAUUGGUUAUCUUAGAUUCCUUUUUAUAAUUAUAUAAUUUAUAUUUUAAAAUUUUAAGACAUUUAAAGAUAAUCUUUUGUAUUAUUUAUUCAUACAUAUGAACUAGAUGCUGAUCUUAGGAUAUAAUUUCAUUUGAACUGAGCUAAAUCUGGCUUUAUAUAUAUAAGAAGACGGUGGCCAAAUUUUGAAAAUCUGUUACAAGAUGUGAUCAAAUAGAUAAAUUAGAGGUCAGUCUUUACUAUUAUGGAAAAUAUUCCAUAGGAAAUAUUUAUAGGAAGUCCCUGCCAAAAGCCAUCUUCCUCAGACCACCUAAUUGCUGUAUAAGUUAUCCAUCACAAGCCUACAGUCUGUGAUUGGUGGAAAGUGCGGGAUGCACAGAGAUGCAUGAACAUGAAACCUCCUGUGAACUCUGUGUGCCAAUACAAUCUGAUUACAUUUAUAAAAUUUAAAGUAUAUUUUUUUGAAUAGAAGCCGUUCAGGAAAAUGUGUAGAAUCACUGGUGGAAAAUAAAGCCCAAAUUUAGAAUUUCUUUCUCAAGGAUGAUCCCUGAGGAAACUUAAAUUUGGUUCUUUCCUAUUCAGAAAUGACAGCAUUUCAGGUGCUAUUGAAAGCUACGUUAUAAUGGCCAGAACAUAGGACUGUCAGGAGCAAGAGAGCGCAGCUCCCUAAUGGGCCAGAUUCUGCCCAGUUAGAUAUUUUGCAUAGUUUAAAAUAAAAUUUAAUAAACUAUGAAUUAUAAAACCCCCACCACUUUGAAGAAAAUCAACUUGCAUUUUCAAGUUUCAGAGAAUAUUCGUAAAAUUGGUACCAUAACAACUUAAAAAUAAGGAGAGAUUCUUUUGGGGGGAAGUUGUUUAGUUAUUAGAGAAAUUUUGAAAAUAGUAGUUCGAUUUCUGGUCAGACUGAGUCGUAUAAUUUUGAAAUUUAACCUCACUGGAGAAGUCCCUCAUUAGGAAAAUCAGGGCAUUCGUACAUGAACUCUGGUCUAUGCGUACCAGACUACAGGAUAUUUAACAACAGAAUUGAUGGUCCUGAAAAAUGAAAGAAUGUAAAUUAUUUCACUUUGGAAUUACAUAUCUAGGUUAAAAAGUAGAUAUAAAGACAUUCCAAAAAAAAACCCAGAAUUUAAAUCAUGUGGUAUAUUCAAACCCUCAAUGCUAAUUUUUAGCAAUGUCAAAAGUAGCAAGCAAUUUUAAUUUCUUUAAAAGAUUUUUUUUUCCUGUUAGGAUAUCUGUUUAAAAUAUGUCCGUUCAUAUGUUUCUGUUAUAAACAAUUACAUGUUACUUUGGAAUCAUUCAUUUCUUCCAUGCUUUCACCAUAAAGAUUGAUAAGUCUUGGGUGUAAUCUGCAAAGAAUAAAAUAAUAUGUGUAAUUGAUUAUUUUAUCAACCUAUCAUUCUGUUAUUUUUCACACAUAUACCAGUUGAGUACAGUGCUUAAUACCAAGUGCAAGUCUAAUGAUAGCCAACAAAAACAUACACAUUCAUGGCAGAGAUGAAAUCUAGAGAAACUGGGGCCAGGAUGUGUAAUAAAUCAGCACUGAAUUAGUAUAAAGCCUUCUUGACUAAUAUUCUCCAUUGUUUCUGUAAAAUGCAGCCAAUUGUACAUAUAGAGAGCUCACCAGUUGCUCUUGUUACUUAAUUAAAUGAUAUGUAAAUCACAUGGAACUGCUGAGUAGGAAGUGUUAUGUAGUAUAAGACUAAUGGAUUAAAUUGUAAUAAUCUGCUACUCAGUGUCACAAGGUUUAAACUUUUGACUCAUGUUUUUCAAAUUCAAAAUGGAAAUUGUAGACAUACAUUAUCUGUAUAGUGUAGACUUAUAACCAAAGAAAAUGUGUUAACUCUCCAUAACAAUUGAUGAAUAAAUGAAGAAUCAUACUUAAA